UAAUUCAAAUUUUGUUCGAUUUGUCAUCCAGGUGACUGUGUAAGGGUUAAACUGAUAAUUGUCGUUUUACAUACAGAAAUGUUAAUGGUGGGGAUUUUUUUUCCUACCAAGUCAAUUAAUAAUUAUUAUAAUGUUAUCACAACAAGACGUGUGAAAAAUUGUUAUCAGAAACCAUAGGGAUAUAAUAGCACAAAAUACUUUCUAGCGUUAACACAUUCUGAACGUAUGUAAAGCGUAAAUUGAGAGCUACCUGUAUGCAUAACAGCCGGCAAUAAACAACAAUUUCGUCGCUUAGGAAACCAAAACAAAUCCGCAGGCUACCAUUUUUCCACUAGGUCGUGCUAGUUUUCAUUUGUGCAAUUCAUUGGUGCGUCUUCAGAAGAGGCUGUGAAGAUGCCGUUCAACGAAACACAAGCGGGAAAUGUUCCCCCGUCACCCGCGGGCUAUCAGAUGCGUCCAGAGCUGAGUGAAACAUUUAAAUCGGAGAAGAUACGCGAAAUUAUCAACAACGUCCUGACGGACACAUUAACUGGUCAAACAUAUUCGGCAGCAGAUGCAUCGCGCUGGACGAAAUCGAUGGCAGACGAGAUAAGCCUACAAGUUAAGGAUCUGGAAAUGCACCAUUACAAGCAUGUAGUGCAGGUGUGGAUUGGGCAGCAGUUGGGUGCUGGUUGCAAAUGUGUAGCCCGAUGUCGUUGGGAUACGGAGUGCGAUAACUAUGCGACAGCCGAAUUUAAGAACUCAACCAUGUUUUGUGUAGUGACAGUUUACGGGCUCUAUCUGUACUGAUGGAAGGAACCAACUGUGAUGCUGGAGCAUAAGCAGAAGAAAGAAAGGAUGGAGGAACAUGUACAUAUGUGUCAUACACCCCUCUCAUUCCAACUACAUCGGAUGAAGUCUGCGGAGAUUGAAGCGAUAUUGCAACUAAAGUAGGCGACGUGUUUUGUAUAUAAAUUGUUGUUGUGUUCGAUUAGUUUAAGGUACCUACGCAGG